AUGCUUAAUAUUAAGUCCGGUGUUGAGAGGUGGAUGCUUAAUAUUAAGUCCGGUGUUGAGAGGUGGAUGCUUAAUAUUAAGUCCGGUGUUGAGAGGUGGAUGCUUAAUAUUAAGUCAGGUGUAUUGUUUCUCUCCUUCUUUUUGCCCCCCUCUCUUUCUCUCUCUCUCUCUCUCUCUCUCUCUCUUUUACUCCGUUUCUCAGUGUCUUUUCUUUUUGCCUUUCUCUUUCUACUCAUCUUUCUCCCUCGUUUAUUUUCUUCUAUUUAUUACCUUUUUUUUUAUUCUCUCUCUCUCCCUCUCUCUCUCUUUGACUCUAUUCGACAGUGUCUUUUUCUCUUAAUCUCUUUAUACUCAUCUUCCUCUCUCUAUACAACUCUCUCUUUUCGUCCCCUAUUUCGCCAUCAAUAUUUGCGCUUCUGUCUCUCAACAUCCCAUAUAAACAAAUCUAUUUUGUUUUUCUUCAUGCUUUCUUUCUUUUUUCUUUCUUUCUUUCUUUCUUUCUUUCUUUCUUUCUUUCUUUCUAUCCGCUUCCUUUUCACUAUUGGCUCUCCUUUCGGAUUCUUCUACUCAUCUAAUUCUCUCUCUUUAUACCUCUCGCUUUGUAUCUCAUCGUCUCUUCUUUUUGACUCUUUCUUUCUUGACUCAUCUUUUUCUCAACUCUCUCUCUCAACUCUCUCUCUCUCUUUCUCAAUACUCCUCGUUUUCUUCCUCUCGACUUCCUUUACUUUUUCAUUCGCUCUCUUCGACUCAGUAACGUUGUUUUAUUUCUUACUUUCCCCUUUUACUCUUCUUUCUCUCUCUGUAUUUCUUUCCUUCUUCUUUUCAUUUUUUCGCCCCCCCCCCAUCACUCUCUCUCUCUCUCUCUUUUACUCCGUUUCUCAGUGUCUUUUCUUUUUGCCUUUCUCUUUCUACUCAUCUUUCUCCCUCGUUUAUUUUCUUCUAUUUAUUACCUUUUUUUAUUCGCUCUCUCUCUCCCUCUCUCUCUCUUUGACUCUAUUCGACAGUGUCUUUUCUCUCUUAAUCUCUCUUUAUACUCAUCUUCCUCUCUCUAUACAACUCUCUCUUUUCGUCCCCUGUUUCUCCCCCUUCUUCCUUCACUAUAUCUUCUACUAUAUUUCCAACUUUCUUUUCUCUCUGAUUCUUCUCACCUUUCUACUCUUUUCACCUAACCCUUUCUUUCCCCUGUUUUUUGCCCUUUUCUUUCUCUCACCCUCUCACUGUCUGCCUGUCUCUCUCUCUCUCUCUCUCUCUCUCACGCACACACACACUCUCUUUCUUGAACUUCUUUUUCUUAAGUUUUUCCCCUUAUCUUUUAUAUGCUUUCAUUUUCUGUUUUCUUUCUUCCUUUCAUUUUCUCCCUUCUUUCUUUCUUUUUUCUUUUCUUUCUUUCAUUUUCUCCCUCCUUUCUUUCAUUUUCUCCAUCCUUUCUUUCAUUUUCUCCCUUCUUUCUUUCAUUUUCGCCCUCCUUCCUUUCAUUUUCUUCCUCCUUUCUUUCAUUUUCUGUUUUCUUCCUUUCAUUUUCUCCCUUCUUUCUUUCUUUUUUUCUUUUCUUUCAUUUUCUCCUUUCUUUCUUUCAUUUUCUCCCCCCUUUUUUCAUGUUUCCUUCCUGUGAUGUUUCUUUUUAUGCAUUCAUUUUCUUUAAAUACUUUUAUCUUCAGUUCUUUUUUUUUUCUUUUUUGUUCGUCAAUCUUUUUUCUCGUUUCUUUCCUUCAUUCACAAUUCUUUUUCUUUAUUCUUUGUUUUUUUCUUUCUUUUAUUCUUCAUUUUUCUCAUUUUCUUUCUUUUUUAGUUCUUUUCCUUCAUUCUUACCCCAUUUCUUUUUUCUUCUUCAGGUCUUUUUCUCAUUUCUUUCUUUCUCAGUUUUUUUUUUUUCCUCAUUCCUUCUCCGUUUCUUUUUUUGUUCAGUUUUUUUCUUUAUUUAUUCUUAGUCAUUUUCUUUUCUUUCUUUUUUUACAGUACUUUUUCUUUAUACUUGCUUUCUUUGCUUCAUCUUCACUUUUUUCGUUAAUCUUUUCUUUUCUUCUUCGUUCUUUCUUUCACUUUUCUUUUCUUCCACUUCUUUAUCUUUAUUCUCUUUUUUUUUUCAUUUGCCUUUGUCUUCCUUAUUUCUUUGUUACGCCCUUUUUAUUCUUGACUAAUUCUUACUUUAUUGCUUUUUUUUUUCUCUUUCUUAAUGUGUUCCUCUUUUUCUUUUUCAACUUUUAUAAACACUUUAAUUUAUACGUUUUCCUAACCUUUAACUUUCUUUCAUCCUUUCUUUCUUUUUUCUUUCUGCGUGUAGUAACUUUUAACUUUCUUUCAUCCUUUCUUUCUUUUUUCUUUCUACGUGCAUAUCUUUUAUCUUUCUUUCUUUUUUCUUUCUUUUCAUUAACUCUAUAUGCAGUCAUUUCUUUCUUUUUGUUAUUUUUCCUUCCCUUUUCUUUGUCCCUCUUUUUCUUUGUUCUUGAUUUUGCCUUCUUUUUUAUUUUUAUUCACGACCUCUUCUUCAACUUCUUUCUUUACUUUUUUUUACCUUUCUUUCUUUUUCUUUCUUUUCUUAACAUUAUCUCUAUAUGUAUUAAUUUCUUUCUUUUUUGUUCAUUUUUCCUUUUGCUUUCUUUUACCUGUGCUCUUAUUUUUCUUUCCUUGUUCUUUAUUUUGCCUCCUUCUUUUUAUUUUCAUUCACGAUCUCUUCUUCCAUUUAUUCUCUCGUUUUCUCUUUCUUUUUUUAAAAUUUCUGUGUUAUUAUCAUUCUUUCUGUUUUUCAUACCUUCCCUCUAUUCAUUCGUUCUUUUUCUUCCUCUUUUCUUAAUCUCUACUUUUUUUUUUUUGCUUCGAAUUUUCUGUCGCUUCCACCCUCUCUCAUAUCGCUCUAAUCUGUCUGUCUCCCUCAUAACUGUCACUUAUCUUUCUCCUCUCUUUCAUCUCUCUCUGUCAUUUCUCUCAUCUCUCUCUGUCAUUUCUCUCAUCUCUCUCAUCUCUCUCCCCACUCUCUCAUCUCUCCCCUCUUUCUCAUCUCUCCCCUCUCUCUCAUCUCUCUCUUUUCUCUCUCAUCCCUCUUUCUCUUUUCUCUCUGUUUUCUCUCAUCUCUCCUUUCUAAUCUCUCUCCCUCUUUCUCAUCUCUCCCCCUCUAUCUCUCUCUCUUUUUCUCUCAUCCUCUUUCUCAUUUCUCCUAUUAUUUCUCUUAUCUCUCUCUGUCAUUUCUCUCAUCUCUCUCUCUCAUCUCAUCUCUCUCUUUCUCUCCCCUCUUUCUCAUCUCUCUCCUCUCUCUCAUUUCUCUCUCUUUUUUUCUCAUUUAUCUAUCUCUCUGUCAUUUCUCUCAUCUCUCUCUGUCAUUUCUCUCUCUCUCUCUCUCACUCCCCUCUUUCUCUCUCUCAUCCCUCUUUCUCAUUUCUCCCUGUCAUUUCUCUCAUCUCUCUCUUUUCUCUCAUCAUCUCUCUCUCUCUUUUCUCUCUCUUAUCUCUCUCAUCCCUCUUUCUCAUUUCUCUGUCAUUUCUCUCAUCUCUCUCCCCUCUCUCUCAUCUCUAUCUCUCCCAUCUCUCUCAUCUCUCUCCCUCUCUCUCUCAUCUCUCUUUCUCAUUUCUCUCCCUCAUUUCUCUCUCUCUCUCUAUUAUUCUCUCAUCUCUCUCUCAUCUCUCUUUCUCUCAUCUCUCUCUUUCUCUCUCAUUCCUCUUUUCUCUUUCUCUAUGUCAUUUCCCCUAUCUCUCUCAUCUCUCUCCCCACUCUCUCAUCUCUCCCCUCUUUCUCAUCUCUCUCCCCUCUCUCUCAUCUCUCUCUUUUCUCUCUCAUCCCUCUUUCUCUUUUCUCUCUGUCAUUUCUCCCCUAUCUCUCUGUCAUUUCUCUCAUCUCUCUCCCCUCUUUCUAAUCUCUCUCCCCUCUCUCACAUCUCUCUCUUUUCUCUCUCAUCCCUCUUUCUCAUUUCUCCCUGUCAUUUCUCUCAUCUCUCUCCCCUCUCUCUCAUCUCUCUCCCCUCUCUCUCAUCUCUCUCUUAUCUCUCUCAUCCCUCUUUCUCUUUCCCUCUCUCUCAUCUCUCUCCACUCUCUCUCAUCUCUCUCUUAUCUCUCUCAUCCCUCUUUCUCAUUUCUCUCUGUCAUUUCUCUCAUCUCUCUCAUCUCUCUCCCCUCUCUCUCAUCUCUCUACCCUCUCUCUCAUCUCUCUCCCCUCUCUCUCAUCUCUCUCUUAUCUCUCUCAUCCCUCUUUCUCAUUUCUCUCUGUCAUUUCUCUCAUCUCUCUCAUCUCUCUCCCCUCUCUCUCAUCUCUCUCCCCUCUCUCUCAUCUCUCUCCCCUCUCUCUCAUCUCUCUCUUAUCUCUCUCAUCCCUCUUUCUCAUUUCUCUCUGUCAUUUCUCUCAUCUCUCUCUCUCUCCUCUCUCUCAUCUCUCUCCCCUCUCUCUCAUCUCUCUCCCCUCCCCUCAUCUCUCUUAUCUCUCUCUCAUCCCUCUUUCUCAUUUCUCUCAUCUCCCUCCCCUCUCUCUCAUCUCUCUCUUAUCUCUCUCAUCCCUCUUUCUCAUCUCUCUCUCUGUCAUUUCUCUCCUCUCUCUCUUAUAUCCCUACAUCUCUAUUGUCACUUUUUCAUCUCUCUCCUCUCUCACAUCCCUCUUUCUUUCUCUUGCUCUCUCUCUCUCUCUUUCAUCUCUCUCAUAUCUCCUGUAUCUCUCCCCUCUCUCUCUCUCGUCCCUCAUCUCUCUCUCUCUGUCUCAUGUAUCUCACUUAUCUCUCCCAUCCCCCUUUAUCUCACAUCACUCAUUCUCUCUCUCAUCUCUUUCUUUCUUCCCUCUAAUCUAUCAUUUCUCUAUUCCCUCUCAUCUCUCAAUUUUCUCUUUCUUGCUAUUUGA